UCCCGCUCAGACUCCAACACUUGCAGACAGAGGGAGAGGGGGGAUGAACGAGGUGCACACAUGUGAGGAUCUCCUGAACUGCCGGGGCUAAGGCAGGACUGGUGAAGAGAGAAGAAGAGGAGGAGGAGGAGGAGGAACAGAGGAAUACUGCAGUGACCAGCCAGCUUCUCUCUCUCUCUCUCUCUCUCUCUCUCUCCCUCUCGCUGCUUCACUGCUUUCAUCACCCAGUCUUCUUCAUCCCCUUCUCUCUCUCUCUCCCACUGCCAAUUAUACCAUGAACCUGCCUGCUGCUUGUUGCUAAGGGGGAGCCAACCGGGGGAAGCAGAGUGGACCAGGCAUUAUUUUGUUUCUAAGGACUGAGUAAAAAAUGGCAGAGGGGUCCCGAGACCAGGGAGGUGUGGUGGGCACGACUGAUCCAGAGGAGGACUCCCCCAACAUGAUCGUCUAUAGAAAGAUUGAAGACAUCGUCACACGGAUACAAGAUGAGAAAGCAGGCGGUGUUGCCAUCCGGACUGUCAAAAGCUUCCUCUCCAAGAUCCCCAGUGUGGUAUCAGGGGCGGACAUUGUUCAGUGGCUGAUGAAAAACCUCUCCAUUGAGGAUCCAGCUGAAGCCAUCCACCUUGGGAGUCUGGUCGCUGCCCAUGGCUACAUCUUCCCAAUCUCUGACCACGUCCUGACACUUAAAGACGAUGGAACCCUUUAUCGCUUUCAGUCUCCAUACUUCUGGCCUUCGAACUGUUGGGAGCCUGAAAACACAGACUAUGCCAUUUACCUGUGCAAGCGCACCAUGCAGAAUAAAGCCAGGCUUGAGCUGGCUGACUAUGAGGCUGAGAACCUUGCCCGGCUGCAGAGAGCUUUCGCCAGGAAGUGGGAAUUUAUCUUCAUGCAAGCUGAGGCUCAAGUCAAGAUUGACAGGAAGAAGGACAAGGCAGAGAGGAAGAUCCUGGAUAGCCAGGAAAGGGCAUUUUGGGACGUCCAUCGGCCAGUGCCAGGCUGUGUCAACACCACAGAGAUGGACAUCCGCAAGUGCCGAAGAGAGAGGAACCCACACAGGGUAAAAAAGUCAGUCUACGGGGUACCAGAUGAUGGCCAGAGCCAGCCGAGUCCCAUCCACAUUAGCUCCCAGCCUACCAGGAAGCCCACCAAAGAGGACGUUCAGAAAGAGAUUACCUUCUUGAACAUUCAACUGGACAGACAUUGUAUGAAGGUUUCCAAAGUGGCAGACAGUCUGAUGACCUACACAGAGCAGUUCAUGGAAUACGACCCCUUCGUGUCGGCCACAGAGCCCUCGAACCCCUGGAUCAGUGAUGACAGUACCUUCUGGGACUUGGAGGCAAGUCGUGAGCCGAGCCAGCAGCGUGUCAAGAAAUGGGGCUUCUCUCUGGAGGAGGCGCUGAAAGAUCCAGCAGGACGAGACCAGUUCCUGAAGUUCCUGGAAUCAGAGUUCAGCUCAGAGAACUUGCGGUUCUGGUUAGCAGUGCAGGAUCUGAAGCGUCGGCCGCUCCAGGAAGUGGCGUCCAGGGCGCAGGAGAUCUGGCAGGAGUUUCUGGCCGAGGGAGCGCCGAGCUCCAUCAACCUGGACUCUCACAGCUACGAGCGCACCAGCCAGAACCUCAAAGAUCCCGGACGAUACAGCUACGAGGACGCUCAGGAGCACAUAUUCAAGCUAAUGAAAAGUGACAGCUAUGCACGCUUUUUGCGAUCCAACAUCUACCAAGACCUCCUGUUAGCCAGAAAGAAGCAGCCAGCAGACACUGAACAGGGCCGCCGCACCUCCUUGGAGAAGUUCACCCGCAGUGUGGGCAAGUCAUUGACGGGAAAGCGCCUGACAGGCCUGAUGCAGUCAUCCUGACACAGCCUGUGCUGGAGGGGCACCGCCAGACCCUGUUGGGUGGAUGACUGCCACACAGGGGCCGGGGCGGGGGCACAGACAGUGGAGCUAGGCUGGACGGGGCUGCUGUGGAGGCUCUCAGACACUGCUCCGAGGACUGCCAUACUGCUGGUAGUGCAGCAGCACUGAGGCCUGCUGGGGUGAACGGCCCCCAAAACAGAACCACUGAGGAAGACAAUGCUGACAAGGGGAAGCUCAGCCAACACACCACAUGGCAUGCAGCAUACAGUAUAAGCACAUUCAGACCUAGGGCUGCCCUCUUCUCAUCACUUAGUCGUCAAACUGGCUGUUAGGCUUUUUGUCGACUGAGCUGAUCCGUUUAUAUUGAUUUCAUUUUGUUUUAUAUACAGGUUUAUUGGAUAAGCACAUGUCUGGUAUUGCAACAGUAUUCUUUGAUAAUAAAAAAAGCUAUUUGCCACAUUUGCAGUGAACUGAUGAUUGGUUUAGUUGUCCUCGAACAGCUGUGGUCAGUCCUAACUCAGACAUACUUACAGCUGAAAUCUAAGGUCAAAGAGGCACAUCAACACAGACACAAAUUGACAGUAUUUUGCAUAUGUCUCUGCCAGCAAUAAAUAAAGCCUGAGACCACUUUUUUCUUUUUUAGAAAUGUAUCCGAGCUCUUUUUAUAUCCUUGAAAUUUAUAUAUGUUCCUUAUAAAGCAUAUGACAUGUCAGUUAAAUAAUGAACAUAGUUUUGGCAGUAAUCAAGAACACAAACUUGUUUUUUUUCCCCCAUAAGUUACAUUUAAUGACGUCUACAAAACUGAUUUUUGAAGGUAUAGUUUUUCAUGCUUCAUUACAUUCCAAAAUCUGGCAUAAGGGCUUAAUGUAGCAUUCACACUGCACCGUCGCACGUGUCAUCCAAAUGUCUUUGUUGAGGAUUAAUGUUUCGUUUCCACAACAGUGCUUUGUAAUGAGACUUAUGGCCAAAAAAAAAAGAAGAGAUGAAUUUAAUCCAGUUGGCAAAUUGGUUCACUGCUUCGUUCACAACUUCCCUAGUUCCGAAAUGUUCAGGCUGCAUAAUUUAAAUGAGUUCCCAAAGUCUUUGUGAAUAACUGAGACACUACAACACAAACAAAGGCCCACACACGGUUGUGUGAAUCACAGUGAAGUUUUACUUUAGUCAAAGUUCUAGUGUAAACAGUCACAUGUGAUAUAGCUACUGUAAUGUCUUUUUUAUUUUUUUUAAGUUUCCAGUGCCAUGGGUCCAUCUAGUGGUGAUUUAACCACAGGACCAAGCAACAGAGUGUUACAAGUCUGUAUUAAGCUGUGUUCACAUCAUAUCGAAGGACAUCUUGAUGUCAAAACUAGUUGUUCUCUGAUCAUGGAGAUAUUUCAAGGCCUGCAGCCUGAUAUGGGAUCAUUUAUCUUUUGUUGUUUGUUUGUUUGUUUUUUUUACUGCAUGAAUAUAUCAUCUUUUGUUUUCUCAAAACAAUGAAAUCUGCCCACUUCUGUUUGACAAAAUGUAUGCCGU